AUGUCUCUGAAAAUGUUUCAAAUUUUGGUGUCUGCUCUGCUGCUUACAGUUACCAUUUCAGGUGCUCUUGGAAUACCUUUUCUGACAGAAGAAUCAGCAAAUCAGUUCAUACGACUUAAAAGACAAAUACCAUAUUCUCACAGCUACUGGGACCCAAGCAGCAGCCAGAAUGCGUGGGGAUACUCAGUGGCUGAGCAGAUUAGUGAAUCGUGGGCAGCUCUGAGAGACACAGCACAGUACUACAUGGAUUUGGGAUCUUAUUCCUUUGAUCCUUCAAUUGCCAGUGACAACGUCAGGUCUUACAUGGACAUGCUACAGCAGUCUGGGACGCACCUCCGACAACAGAGUAGGACAAACAAUUAA